AUGGGAAAACGAAAAACAAAGCAUGACGAUGCAGCAGACGAAUAUGACGCCAAUGAGCUCAUGAUUGUGCCAGGAGAAAAAAGAAAGAAAAUUGAGAAAACCGGAGAAAAAUCAGCGACUGGUGGAAAAAAGAAUCGAAAUUUCACAAAAGAAAAGGAAGAAGCGAAAUUGACGAAGCAGGCGAAGAGAAAAUUGGCGGCGGUUCACGCGAGAAAAGCUUUGAAACAGACUCAAGAAGAAUUGUUCGCCGGGCUGGCCGAAUGCCAAUUGGAUCCAUCAAAGCUGAAUCAAUUGACUUCAAGCACAAAGAUAUCGAGAGAAACGGAAAAAAAGCCAAACUUCCCUGAAAAGCUGAAAGUGUUCUCCGGAAAAGCGAAAAGUGAAGAGAAGCGAACACAACAGAAUUAUUAUCCAACUGACGAUGAAUCCACUGAUUCUGAAGAAGAAGAGGAUUCAGAAGACGUCACAACUCCAGAAGUCGCAAUUUCAGAAGUGAAAGUUGAACCAAUCGAUUUGGACGAUGAAGAAGACGUUCAAGUGACUUCUGAAGUCAAGAAGACGUCGUCAGAUGUAGUUGUGAAGAGAGAAGAUGAUGAGGAGUCAGAUAAUGAGGAUAUUCUUGCGCUCCCAACAACUACAGUAAUCAACCGAAAGAAAGUUCUCGUCGAGAGAAGUGAGGAUAUUCAGAAAUCCCGUGCAGAGCUGCCGAUUUUUGCUGAAGAAAUGCGGAUUGUCGAGGCGAUUAAUGAGAAUUUGGUGACAGUAGUGUGCGGAGAAACAGGAUCUGGAAAAACGACUCAAAUCCCUCAAUUCUUGUAUGAAGCAGGAUAUGCAUCAGAAGGAGAACUCAUCGGAAUCACUGAACCAAGACGAGUCGCCGCGAUUGCAAUGGCUCAAAGAGUUGGAAUUGAAUUGGGAAAACCAGAGAAUGUAUCGUAUCAGAUUAGAUAUGAGGGAACUCGAUCCGAUGAUACUAAUAUUCUUUUUAUGACAGACGGAGUAUUGAUGAAGGAAAUGGAACAGGAUGUUAUGUUGAAAAAAUACUCUGUAAUUCUCAUCGACGAAGCCCACGAACGAUCAAUGUACAGUGAUGUUCUCAUCGGAAUGCUCUCCAGAAUUGUUCCACUUCGCGCCAAAACUGCACGUCCGUUGAGAUUGGUUAUCAUGUCUGCCACGUUGAGAUUAGACGAUUUCACGCAUAAAAAAUUGUUCCCUCUCCUCACACCAAAAGUGAUCAAAGUAGACGCCCGUCAGUUCCCAGUGACUGUCCAUUUCGAGAAACGAACACCUGAUGACUAUAUCUCAUCGGCAUUCCGUAAAACAUGUCGUAUCCAUGAAACACUUCCUCCCGGAGCAAUUCUUGUCUUUGUCACCGGACAAAACGAGGUUCGACAACUGAUUGCGAAACUGAAAAAGCGGUAUCCGGUGGUUUAUGAAACGGAUAAGAAUGGACAAGUGUUGGUGAAAGGAACGAAAGAAUGGAAGGAGAAGAAGGCGGAGGCGGCGAAGAAUAUCAAGUUGGAAGACUUUAAGGAAGAAACACCAGAAAAAGAUGAAUUGGAUACAGAUGAUGUUCUCGAUGCAGAUGAUAUUAAUGAGCGUGGCGCCGCCGAAGCGUUCGAUGACUACGAAGAAUUAGAGAAUGGAGAUGGAGACUUGAAUGAUGGAGCAGUUGAAAACACAAUUGGAGCUCCACCAGCCAACUGUGAGCCUCUCUACUGUCUUCCUCUCUAUUCGCUUCUCUCAAUGGGAAAACAACGAAGAGUGUUUGAUGAGACGCCUGCUGGAAUGCGUCUAUGUGUCAUUUCGACGAAUGUCGCAGAGACUUCACUCACUAUUCCUGGGGUGAAAUACGUAAUCGACGGUGGAUUCGAGAAGCGACGUCUCUAUGACUCGAUCACCGGUGUCUCCCGUUUCGCCGUGUGCCGUAUCUCUCAAGCAUCCGCCGAUCAACGUGCCGGACGUGCUGGAAGAAUUUCAGCUGGACAUGCCUAUCGUCUAUACUCAUCAGCUGUAUAUCAAGAUUGUGUGAAGUUCGCUGAUCCUGAGAUUCUAUCGAAACCCGCCGAUCAGCUAGUCCUUCAUCUGAAGUCUAUGAACAUCGUUAAAGUCGUCAACUUUCCGUUUCCAUCGGCUCCAGAUGAGCAAAUGUUGGAAGCGGCUGAAAAGAGAUUGUGUAGACUUGGUGCACUUUCGGAGACUACGGUCAAUGGAAAGACUGUCGCCAGAAUUACGAAAUUGGGGAAAACGUUGGCAGUGUUUCCAUUGGCUCCGUCAUAUGCAAAGUUUAUUGCAAUGGCUGAUCAACAUGAUUUGAUGAAUCACGCGAUUCUUUUGAUUUCUUUGUUGUCAGUCCGUGAACCACUGAUUCCUGUGUCUUCUCUCCGUGGUGCGACACCAGAAGAGACGAAAGAAUUGAUGAAGAAUGUGUUGAAAGAGAGACGAAGAUGGUGUACACAGACAGGAGCAAGACGUCUGGGAGAUCUGAAAGUGUUGAUGCAUGCGGCUACGGUAGCAGAGAGUGUCAAGUACAACGCCCGCGAAUGCGAGAAAGUUGGUCUCCGAGUGAAAGCACUCGUUGAAGCACGGAAACUACGUCAACAACUUACAAAUAUCGUCAAUGCAUCGUGUAAGAAAGAGCAAGUCGCCAUGUUGGAUGCACAUCUUCCACCGCCGACGGAGCAACAGUCACAGUUGUUGAGACAAAUGGUUGUUGCAAGUUUCUCGGACCGUCUCGCCCGUCGUGUCGACCGUUCAGUUGGACAAGAAGAAGUACAAAAAGGGGCUUAUGAGACAACUCUCAUCACAGAACACGUCUUCAUUGAUCCAUGUUCCGUCCUCUUCACAGAAGAACCAGAAUUUGUGAUUUAUCAAGAAUUAGUUCAAGUGAAUGAGAAGAAGUUGAUGACAUCUGUGUGUGCAGUGGAUAAAGAAUGGAUAUCUCGAUUGGCAGAGUCAUAUUGCAAAUUCGGAGAAUCGUCGGAUAAGAAUCUGGAGCCGAUUUACGACGGUGUGAAGGAUGCGGUGUGCAAGAAUGUGAAAGUGACAUUUGGACCAUUGGAUUGGAAACUUCCGAAUGAAAAUCGAAAAGUCCCUCAUGACAUUAUGCAAUAUCGAUAUUUUGCACUGUUUCUGUUGGAUGGACAAGUUUUCGAAAAGUUGAAAGAAUUCACACCGAAACUUCUGGCUCCGCCCACUACAAUGGUGAAGUCAUGGGCGAAAUUGCAGAAGAGAACGGAGAUGUUGUUGAAUAAGUUGGUCGAUAAGGAGGUGACAAAUCGUGCGACACUCAAAGAACAAUGGCUGAAAAAUGAGAAUUGGCUAUUGGAAGAGUAUCUCGAAUGGGUUCCCGAAUCACUUCAUCAAUCGAUUUCUCUCAUGUGGCCACCAUUGGAAGAGGAUGAAAAGACAGCCAAAAUGGGACGGAAUAAGAAAUAUUAG